AUGUCACCGGACAGAGAGCUUGUUUCGGUGGAUUCGUCAUCGACGGUUGUUACGGUGAAGAGGAAGACACCUUAGUUACCGAGGAGUUGGAUUUCUAUAGACGCGACAUGGCAAAAAACGGUGCUUGACGUUGAUAAACACGUGAUUAUGCACCGUGUUCAGAUCCACACUCGUGAUCUCCGCAUCCUUGACCCAAAACGUUUUUACCCUUCUGCUAUUUUGGGUCGAGAGAGAGCCAUUGUUUUUAACUUAGAGCAUAUCAAUGCGAUCAUCACUGCUGAAGAGGUUUUGAUUCGGGAUUCGUCAGAUGAUAUUCCCGUCCUGGAGGAGUUUCAGAGACGCUUGCCUCUUGGAAAUGAGGCACACGGUGCUCACGCAGAUGGUGAUAUGGGUGAAGAGAAUGGUACAUACCCCUCAACUUCUGUUAUUAUCAGUAGCCGUAACUUGGGAAGGGUUCGUAAAUUGAAGAGUGCCAUGACCAGAUUGACAGCUCGGGUCCAAAAGGUAAGGGAUGAGCUCGAACAAUUGUUGGAUGAUGAUGGUGAUAUGGCUGAUCUCUACCUUACGAGGAAGCUUGUUGGGGUAUCUUCAUCGCCUAACGUUUCUGAUGAGCCUAUUUGGUAUCCUACUUCUCCAACAAUUGGUUCUAAGAUUUCCUGAGCAAGUAGAGUAAGUUUAGCCACGAUUCGCGGGGAUGACGAAAAUGAUGUUGAAGAACUUGAAAUGUUGCUCGAGGCAUACUUUAUGCAAAUAGAUAGCACUUUGAACAAAUUAAACGAGCUACGUGAGUACAUUAAUGACAUAGAGGAUUACAUUAACAUCCAGUUAGACAAUCAUCGAAAUCAGCUGAUUCAAUUAGAGCUAAUGUUAAGCUCUGGAACCGUCUGUGUAUCAAUGUCCUCAAUGAACGCCAGAAUAUUCGGCAUGAACAUUCCCAACACAUGGAACCAUGACCAUGGAUACAUGUUCAAAUGGGUCGUGAAUCUCACGAGAAUUUGCACAGUCUUGUUCGCGAUUAUACUGUCGUACGCUCGGUUUAGAGGGCUCAUUAGAUCUUAA